AGGAGGGGAAGGGUGGAGGAAUUUAAAUUUGAAUUUUCUGAAUUCUGAGAGUGUAAUUUUGGCAGUUUUUGGGCACAGGUGCAGUUGAGAGCAUCUUUUUCUGGAUACUGUAACCGGACACUCUUCUUUUUAACCAUUCCACCCUACAAAAAAACACAUUACAUUCCAAAUGAGAGGGGAGAUCGAUCCGAGUUUGAAACAAAUUAAAAGUUUUGAUUUAAACUAAGAAUCCAUUUUCCCAUUUCCAUUUUUCUAUUUUUUGUAGCUUAGCUAGCAUGCAUAGGCAUGAGUAGUAGAAUCAUGAAACAGCCUUCUUUCGGUUCCAGACGUCACGAACACGAUGAAGAACCCGAGUUCAACUUGACAGAUUGGGGUCUCAAGGCCAAAAUCAGCCGCGAAAAUACCAAUUCCAGAAGGUUUUCUGCUUCUUACAUCAGAAGUUUCAGGGAAGAUGCAAAGUCUUUCAGAUCAAACCUUACAAUUUCCAGCACUGCUUCGUCUCCGGGAUACAACUUGAAAGAGGAAAUUGACCCUUCAACGUAUUCUUUCACCACUGCCCUUAAAGCUUUGCAGGCUAAGACGGUGUAUAGCUGGGAAUAUAUGUCGCCGGAGGGAUUGGCUUUGAACUCGAAGUGGGAUGAAGCUGAGAAAUAUAUAUGCAAUCCGUUAUCCGGUGAAGUGCCAAUGGAAUGCCUGUCUGCAAAAACGCUGAGCGGGAGAUCAUUCCGGCAGCUAACCAGCCGGAUUACAAUGUCUGCGCCGCUCAUUUAUCCGGCCAGACAGGCGCCCAAGCCACCCAUGCCGCCUCCUCUUGAAAUCAAUCAACCCCACACUCCCAUUCCCACCCAAGAGAAGAAGAUUGGCGUGACUAGAGAUGUGGGAACUCAAAGCACUCCACCACCUUACCUUGGUUCAAGCAGCAGCCCAAGCCCUGCACCCACUCCCUCCAUUGAAGAAAGGUCCAUCAAGCGCCAUGCCAGUGAAUCACCUUCCUCCUGUGCAAAACCAAAAUCUGAGGAAGAAGAAGAGACGGAAGAACUGAAAAGCGGGACGACGAGAGAGGAAGAAGACGUCACGGGUAGAGAUGAGUUGGAAGAGAAAACGAAAGCCGAGAAGGAGAAGGAGAAGGUUAGGAGCAGCAGGCAAGGAGGGUGUUUGUCAUGGAGGAGUUUUCUAUGGAUGAGAAAAAGGCAAAGGCGCAGAGAGAAACAUAGACCAAGGAAGAAGAACAAUAUCUUUCUUUGCCCUAUUCAUGAAUGCUAGAAAAAAGUUUUCACCAAAAAAAAAAAAAUGUAUUUUGCUGGGAAAAAUGUACACAUAAAAAGAUUCUCAUCAUUUUUCACCUAUUAUUGUUCUCUCUCUUGUUUCCCGGGCAUA